AUGAGUGGGAACCCGGCCGAGGUGCCGUUGGUCCAAGCCCUGGCUACGGCCACGGCAGCCGCACAGUCGGCGGCCGCUGCACUCGAGGAAGUGCGGCGUGCCCAAACGGCUAGCUUAGCAACCAAGCCCAAGGAGCUUGAGUUGACUGGACGGCCAGAAGAGGAUAGAAGACUGUGGGCAGACUGGAGAUUUGCCGCUACCCAGUUUUUGGCUUCCAAGGAUGGAGCCUAUCUGACGGAGAUCCCGCAGGCCAUUGCAGCCGCGGAUCCAAUCGACCUGAGGACAAUGGUCCAGGACAGGCAGCAGCGUGGAAGGCUGUUGUUCACGUACCUUUGUGGCAACGUGAAGGGCCGACUGCUUGCCAUGCUUAGGGAACCCACCCUGGCGAGUACGUCCAAUGGCUUUGAGGCCAUGCGCCGGUUCCACAAGGACAUUGAGCCUAAGUCAGGCGCAGCAGCCUUGGGGCUGUUGGAAGCUAUCCUGACGGUGCCUCCGCCACCAAAGGAAACCAACCUCAGAGACGCAAUAGUUGCCGUGGAGCGACUGUUUAGCGACUAUGAGGCGACAUCGUCAGAGAAGCUGAGCAAUCACGUCAAGAUUGCAGCCCUGAGGAAAAUGUUGCCCCCGGAAAUGCGCGUCCACGUGAACAUGCAAAUCCGGGACAACACCACCUAUGAAGACCUAAAGAAAACGGUGACGGAAUAUGAGGUAGCCGAGAGGCGCUACAACCCUUUAGCCCAGAGUGUCUACGACCAUCAGGGUCCUGCCCCUAUGGAAGUGGACCAAAUCCAGCACGAUGGUGGCAAAGGGAAGAAAGGUGGAAACAAAAGCGGCAAGGGAAAAGAAAAGGGAUCCACUCCAGUGUGUAAGACCUGUGGUAAGUCUCACAAAGGAGAGUGUUGGCACAAAAGCAGCCCUCCGGCCCAUGGAGCUGGAAAGGGUGGAGCACAGAAAGGCAAAGGAGCAGGAACCACCAAAGGUGAGAAGGUUCCGUGCCAAAUCUGCGGUAAGUCAAACCACACUGCGGACAAGUGCUUCCAGCGCUACAAAGACAAAGAUAAGGACAAAGGGCAAUCCAAAGGUGGCAAGGCAGUUCAGCAGACACAGGAGGCCUCUGGUGCCACUGUGACAGGAGUCAGCCGACAGGAUGCUGAUACCUCACCGGAGACUGAGUUGCGCCACGCCACUGGUGGCAUCAGGGCAUGCACACCGGAUGGAAGAGCCUUAGUCCUACUGGACUCUGGGAGCGAUGAGCAUCUUUGCCCACCUGAUUUCGCAAGCUGGAGUCGGGAAGUGGUCAAGACUGAAGGGCCAAGACUGAAGGAUGCUCAAGGAAAACUCAUCGCCCAUGAGUUUAGGUAUCGACUGGUCAAGUUGAGGGCUUACACCGGGACUGGUCGAACUGUGGACUUCACGAUUCCAUUCUUGAUUGGUCCGGUCAAUCAGCCCAUCCUCUCAGUUGGAAGAUUGGCAGCCGACCUGGGAGUCGAGCUCAAGAUCACCAAACGGGGAGCAGUCGUGGUCAUGGAAGGCUAUGACUUUGAGGUAGAAAAGCACAUGCAGAGCUUCUACCUGCCGUGCUAUCCCUUGAGUCCGGAAGGUGACCAAGGAGUGAGAGCUGUUCAAUCGGCCAAGAUGAUGAUCUUGGAUGGGGACAUCGUCAAGUAUCGGCAACGGCUGAAGGAGGAUCCGAAGCCAUUGGAUCUUAAAGGGCGUUCCACGGAGACGGCCCCAGAACCUUCACGGCGGGAGACUGCGCCCAAGGUCGAGGUCGCCGAGAGGCCGGUUGAAGACGAUGUUCACAAGGAGGACACCGUCGCGAAAGAAGAUUCGGAGGCAAAACCUAAAAGGAGACGCCGUCGACGUCGAGAAUCUUCUCGGCGAGGACGCCGGACCAGGAGUCCGGAUGUCAAGGAUGAAGAAGAAGAACGGGAAACUGAACCCGUGGAAAAAAAGGAAAAGAAGAGGAGAGAAGAGUCGCCAGAUAUGGUCAGGGUAGCCAAGGCAGAGCCCUGUUCUCCCUCUGAGAGAAGCGGAAGUCCCGUGGCGGACUACGGUGACGACCACUCUUCCUUGGAAGAAGAGGCGGCAGAGCGUCGUCGGGAAAUGAUACCUGAAGGCGACGGGCGACAUGCCCGAUCCUCAGGAUCAGGGGUUGAAAAUCGGAGGCCUAGGAGCCCCGACAGGGAAAGGCCUCAGAGCCCUGGACGACGACCUGCCAAGAGAAAGGACUGGACGGAAGAAGAAAGACGUCAAGACAACAAGGAAGCCCGUGAGCGAAAGAAAGCCCGUAAGGAGGCUUGGAAGGCGGAAUCUGCCCGUGAGCCUGAGAAGGGCAAAGAGAAAGGAAAAUCCAAGAAGGGAAAAUCGAAAGGAAAAGGGAAAGGUGGAAAAUGGAGCCACGUCAAAGCCAUUACCUUCGAUGGCUGGGCCUGUGCGGCAGGCGAUCCGCCAGAUCCGGUUGAUGGAGGGAUGGAAGUUGUUCCGGAUGACCCGGAGUCUCUGGAAGUGGUGUCUGGACCACCUGUGGAAGCAGAAGCUGCGGCUGGAGGAUCCGAGGAGGUCCUGCCACAGCCAGUGGUGGCAGCGGAUGAGCCCGUGGCGGCACCGCUCAAUGAAAACAGCAGAGUGACAGACCUGAGAGCAAGACUCAAAGAGCUUGGUGCUCCAGUGUGGGGAGAUAAAUCCAGGCUGUGGGAGCGUCUUCAAGAAUAUGAAGCACGCCGGAAAGCAACUGCAGAAACGGAGGCGAUUCUCAAAGCCCGAGAGGAAGCUUUGAAUCAGGACCCGACGCUGGGUCGCCAACCGUUGGAUUUGGCCGCGCCAGCUCCACCCUCGGAGGUGGAGAGAAGAUUACAUGAGCUGACCCAUCUUCCCUACCAACCGUGGUGUGAGGCGUGUGUGCGUGGUAGAGGUAAAGAUCUGCCUCACUACGGCAUGCACCGGGGUGAACUUGAGGAAGCUAGACUCCGACCCAUGGUAUGCAUGGACUGGUUCGAUGUAGCCAGCUCCGGAGAAGAUGGGAAAAGAGUUGAAGGGACAACGGUUACCCUUCUACUCACGGAUGCAGAGACCGGGUAUGUUGCUGCAAUCCCAUCUCCAUCCAAGGGACAAGAGAUGUACUCGCACCUGGCGAAAAUGGUGAUUACGUUCCUCAAGCUCAUGAGGCACGAGAAGCUGAAGAUUCGCAGCGACCAGGAGCCUGCCUUAAAGGCCUUAAUCGGAAUGGUCAAGGAGAAAUGGCCACAUCGGAUCUUGGUGGAGGAGAGUCCGUUGUACUCUUCCCAAUCCAACGGCAGAGCCGAACGCGCCAUCCAGACAGUAAGGCGUCUAGCGGCCAGCAUUCGCAUGGCCGUGGAGCUGCGAAUAGGUAUGGCACUCGAUUCAGGAAUGAUCGUGUGGCCGUGGCUGAUUAGACAUGCAGCUUGGCUUCACAGUUACUUCCAUGUGAAGUAUAAUGGUAGAACCUGCUACGAGGAGCUGUACCAGACACGGUAUAAGAACGAGGUAGUGGCCUUUGGUAAGUCAGUGGUCUUCAUGGCAUUUGGCUUGGCCGAGCAGAAGAAUCUGACGAGCAUCUCGUUGGCACGUCGAGAGGAACCGGAGUCGAGCGGAGGGGAAGAAGCCAAGGAAGCUUCGGUGCCAUCAGGAGGUGACCAGCAAGAGCAGCCCAUGUUGGAGCUGCCCACUGGUACGAAGCGAAGUGGAGAGAACGAGCAUUUGAUCCUCGGGUCACGGAUACAGGCGGGGAAGGUGACGACGGACCAGAAGGUUCCUCGCCUUUAUUACCAUGAGGAGGAAGGUGUGGCGUUGGAAGUCCAUGUGGAUGACUUCUAUGCAGUAGGCCCUGGGCAAGGAUCCAAAAGAGUUCUCGAGGAGGUUGCAAAAUAUCUCACAAUGCAGAUCGAAAGACCCUAUGAUGAGAUAAAUCCGGAAUUCGUCUAUUUGAAAUGUCACAGGACGAUACGUCCGGAAGGAGUGUGGAUCCAACCGGCAGAAGGGCAUCUCAAGAAGUUGCUCGAGCUGAAUGGCUUGACCAUGGAGUCAAAGACUCGAGAGACCCCGGUGACCAAGACAGUGAUCGGUUCACCAGAGGAUGAACCCUUGUUACCGGAUCAACACACCCGAUUUAGAGCAGGUGUUGGAGUCCUGAUGUAUGUCAGUACUGACAGGCCGGACAGACAGCACACGGUGAAUGAACUGGCAUGCCUGAUGACCAAGCCGACCGUGCGUGGUACAGAGGCAAUGAAACAUCUCUGCCGAUACCUGCUACACACCAAAGACUAUGAUCUGAUGUUCUCUCGUGACCUACAAGGUUGUAACUACGUCAUUGUGAUAACAAACAGUGACUGGGCAACGGAUGUUGCUACAAGGAAAUCUCGUUCAGCUGUCCACAUUUACGUUGGAGACAGCCUGCUGUACUCCUUCACCAGAAGGCAAUCUGUCAUUGCACAGAGCUCUGGUGAAGCUGAACUGUACGCGACUGCUGCAGGAGUCUCAGAGGGGAUACUCCUAGGGAAAAUCCUUGGAUUUUGUAGCGUGCUCCUUGGGCUAAGGACAAUCUCCGAUUCCGCAGCAAACAAUGCCAUGACCCACAGACUUGGUGUCGGAAGAGUCCGGCAUUUAGACGUGAAGGUAUUGUGGCUACAACAGAUGGUCUACCAAGGCAAGUACAACAACAGCGACCUUGGCACAAAGGUCUUGGGAAAAGCCAAAUUCCAGGAGUUGGUCGAGAUGUGUGGGCUGAAGCCCUUGAACGGUGGACCAGGGAAAGUUACGCAAGUGAGAACCACUCCAGCGGAAGGAUCUGUGCUGACGCCAGCCCAGGCGGGGCAAAUCCUGACCAUUGUGACCUGGUUGUCCCAAGUGGCAGGCAAGCGCAUAGAUGCCCGUACGGUUUGCAAAGACUGCAACCGUAAGAAGACGCGCUAG